AAGAGGUCGGUGGGGCUGCGUCGUGUUUCCCGGCAGGCUCCGCGCGCAGGAAAGUUAGUGGGCCGCGGCCUGAGGAGACGAGGAGCGGGGAGGACGAGGAGGAGGAGGAGGAGGAGGAGGACGACGACGACCACCACCACCACCACCACCACCACCAGGAGGAUGUCGAUGCCCCCGGCCGGGACCCGCGGCCCCUCCUGCUGCCCCUGCCAGCGGCCUUAGGCCCCGGCGGCCCGGCCCGGCCCGGCCCGCUCCGCUCCGCUCCGGGGCGGGAUGUGGGCGAGGGUCGGGCGGCGUCCGUAGCGGCGGUGGAUGAUGCGGCAGCCCCUCGGGCGGCGCCGGCCGAGGAGGAGGCGGAGGCGGGGGAGCAGGAGGAGGAGGAGGAGGAGCAGCGGGAGCCUAAGGGGGCCGGGGCUGAGCCCUAAGGGGCGGACGCUCCGCGAGGAACAUGUUGUCCCGGAAAAAAACCAAAAACGAGGGGUCCAAGCCGCCUGAAGUGCAGGGGAAAUACGUCAAGAAGGAGACGUCGCCGCUGCUGCGGAACCUUAUGCCUUCUUUCAUCCGACACGGACCAACCAUUCCCAGGAGAACUGAUAUCUGUCUUCCCGAUUCAAGCCCUAAUGCCUUUUCUGCUCCCGGGGAUGGAGUCGUUUCCAGAAACCCGAGUUUCCUCAGAACUCUGAUUCCGAGGCCACCUCACGAGGUCAUGAGGAGAGAAAGCAACCGGCUGUCCGCACCUUCCUAUCUUGCCAGAAGCUUGGCUGACGUCCCUCGCGAGUAUGGCUCCUCAUCUCAGUCCUUCUUGACGGAGGCCGGUGCUGCCGAAAAUGGAGACGCUGGGUCCCGCUAUUACUACCCGGAGAGUUUUUACGACGGCCAGAGGAGAAGAGCGCUGGGAGAGCGCGUGCACGAGGACUUCCGAUACUAUGAGCACAGUAAUGAUCUCUUCCAAAGAAUGCCGCAGAACCAGACCAGGCAUCCUUCAGGCAUCGGAAGGGUUGCUGCUACGUCGUUAGGAAAUUUAACGAACCACAGCUCAGAAGAUUUACCUCUGCCUCCUGGCUGGUCAGUGGACUGGACGAUCAGAGGAAGGAAGUACUACAUCGACCAUAACACUAAUACCACCCACUGGAGCCACCCUCUUGAGCGAGAGGGCCUGCCUCCCGGUUGGGAGCGGGUCGAAUCGUCAGAAUUUGGGGUGUACUACGUCGACCACAUAAAUAAGACGGCGCAGUACAAGCACCCGUGUGCUCCCAGCGUCCCCCGUUAUGACCAGCCUCCUCCAGUUACGUAUCAACCCCAGCAAGCCGACAGGAGCCAGGUCUUCCUCGUUCCUGCAAAUCCCUAUCACACUGCCGAGAUUCCCGACUGGCUCCAGGUCUACGCCAGGGCUCCUGUCAAAUACGACCACAUUCUGAAGUGGGAGCUCUUCCAGCUGGCCGACCUGGACACCUACCAGGGAAUGCUGAAGCUGCUCUUCAAGAAGGAACUGGAGCGCAUCGUCAAGCUGUACGAAGCCUACAGGCAAGCCCUCCUCUCCGAACUCGAGAACCGCAAGCAGAGGCAGCAGUGGUAUGCCCAGCAACACGGCAAGAAUUUCUAAGCUAACUUUUUCAAAUGGAAUUUUGUCGGGGUUUGGGGUUUUUUUAAACAGCUUUAAAACGUUUUCACUUUGAAACCAUGAACACAAGUACUUGGUUUAAGGAAGGCAGCUUACCCUUUGCCGAUAUUGCACCUGUGCGGUGGAAAACACCAUUGAGACUCUUUUAAACGUACCCUGUUUUUAGAAAGAGAGAUGUCUCUCGGAAGAACGUUCAUUUUUCAGAGAAGCAGUGUCCGAGAACACUAAGUAGCCCUUCCGCCCCCAGAUGGAACAAAGAUGCCGGCUUGUACCGGUAACUGAGAUGGCAACAUUGAGGAACGCUGUUUCUGUUAAACGGUGUUGGGUUUCCCCGGGUGAGGAGGCCGCAGCCCCAGCGAAAUCAAGCUAGCUACCUGUGUGUCGUCUUCAUAAAGCAAGAUGUUUACAGCUUUAAGCUCUAGCAUUUUUACACGAUGUGGACACUUGCUGUACUGUUUUUGAAAUGACACAAACUUGGAAGAAAUGAAAUUUGGUUACAUCGCUCUAACGGGCAAAGUUAGAGUUGCUUUUUUUGUUUUGUUUUUUAAACUCUAAAGCUGCAAAGAGCUGGUGGAUCCAGUGGGUUUCGGCCAACUGCUGUGCAGAUGGUGGGGUUGAGCGGGGAGGGGCCUUUUUCCUUUUCUCAGGACUAAAGACUGGGGUGGCCCCCCGGCCAGGCAGGGGCCCAGAUGCCCGGAGAUACCCUUCUGCCCUCCCAGACCACUCUAACUGUGCCUAGGCGGAGAAAGACAAGCCAGCUUUUUUCCUCAGCGGGUUAAAAUCUACCGCUCUUAGGACAAUCAGGGAGUCAGCCAGGAAUCAUGUUUGUUAAAUUGCUUUACAGAUCAGUUUUUCUAUCCUGUAAAAAAAAGUCGUUCUUCACCAAAAGACGCGGAAUCAUGUUAAAUGCAUCCCAGCCCGCCACAGACCUAUUCCGUGCAACAACCGUAAGUCCCGAGAAUUCGAUAAGUUUCAACUUUCCGUUCAAAUGAGUCGGAAUCUCUCGGCAGUUAGGUUUGUACUUCGUCUAAGUUUUUAGAUUACCACAAGCAGGCACCUAUGCUGUGAUAUUAAAAUGUUACCGCUCACAUGGUCGUUUGAUAACAAGCUUAUUAAAUAUAUUUUUAUGAAAGCUAAAAA